AUACUAUAGACUCUGUCUCACAAAUGGCACAUUUCUCAUCUGACUCUUGCUCUGAGGAUCUCACACACACUGACAGAGACGAUGACUCGCAUUUCAGCUACAGUGAUUGUGCUGUUGGUUGCAGCUCUCAGUGCACUCUGUACAGAUGCUUCUGCUUUGUCAUGUUGUAGGAAGUAUACCAAAGGACAGAUACCAAUGGCAAUUAUUAAAGGAUAUUCCAUUCAGACCAUGAUGAGAAACUGCCACAUUGAUGCUGUCAUAUUCCACACAAAAGGAGGCAGGAACAUUUGCACAGACCCCUCCAAACCCUGGGUGAUGGACAGUAUCCAUAAGCUGAAGGAGAGAGUGCGAGUAAUCAGCAGAAAACAUUCAAAAGACUAAUUUUACAACUUCUGUGGUUAGACAGAUGUUACUACAAGAAUAAUUCUUUAUGGAGGAGGAUCUAUUUCUUUAUGAAAUUUCCAUAUUUACUCUGCAUAUUUGUAUAUGCGUGUUAUUAUACACUGUUACACUGUUUGCUUUUUAAUGAACUGCAUUAAAAUUAAUUUUAUAUGUAAAGUGAAAA